GCAACGCCAGCCGCGACUCGCAUUGGCUCAGCCUCUCGCUCUUUAGCGGUGGUACCUGCUCCGAGGGUCCCGAGGACGCGCAAGUCAUAGAGUCCCGGAGGCGGAGGAGAGAAGGUCUGCAGGGCAGUUUGGCGAAGCAUCUCGCAGCGAUAAUCCAGAGGAGGAGGAAACAGCAAGGAUAGGCCCAGGAGCAAUGGAGUCCAAACAGGAAAAACCAAUACAGAACCUCAAUGUGGAAAAUACUCACCAGGAAAAUGAAAACAAGGAAGAAAAGGAGCAAGUUGCUACUAAAAAGGAGCCCUUGGCUCAGCCUUCAGAAGCCGGGGUUCCUAGAGGGAAUCGCAGGCGAUUCCGUGUUAGGCAGCCCGUCCUGCACUAUAGAUGGGAUCUGAUGCAUAGGCUUGGAGAGCCCCAGGCAAGGAUGAGAGAAGAGAACAUGGAAAGGUUUGGGGAGGAGGUGAGACAGCUCAUGGAAAAGCUGAGGGAGAAGCAGUUGAGCCAUAGUCUGCGGGCAGUUAGCACCGACCCCCCCCACCAUGACCACCAUGAUGAGUUUUGCCUUAUGCCCUAAAUCCUGAAUCCUGAUGUGUUCCCUCAAGUUAAUUGCGAGAGACCCCUGCUUCCUAAAACUACAUGUUUGUGAUGUACUCUUGUAAAUCUUUUGAUGUUCCUUGUGGAUCUCCUAUUACCAGCUUCUAAUUGAAUGUUG